AUGCAUCGCUCUGCCACGCUCGUGCAACGCCGCUCUCUGGCCAGCCUCCCUCUGACGUGGCUGCCGCAGACCAAGAAGGUGGGCAUCGUCGGCGGUGGGCCGCUCGGCGAGGCGCUCGCGUUUCAGUGCGCUCUAGCCGGCUUUGACACCUCGGUGAUGGACCCGUCGAUGAUCGCUCUCGAGAGAAUGGCUGACGCUCACCGCGCCCUCUCCGACCAGUUCACGACGGACAUGAGCCAGGGCACGCCGUCUGUCCCCGCGUGGGGGCCGCUGAUGCCCAAGGUGAGCUGGAGCGACCAGAGCAGCUGGGAUAGACUUACAUCCAAGACAGCCGCGCGAAAGAUUGCGGACAAGGCGCUCAGCAGGCUGACGUACUCGACGGACGCGGCGAUCGCGAUGGACAACGUCCACCUCGUCGUCGAGAGUCUGCCCGAGGACCUCGAUCUCAAGAUAUCUGUCUUCACCAAGCUGCACCAGGCUGCCGACGCGUCCACGAUCUUCACCACCGCCGCGACCACUCUGCUCCCGUCGCAGCUUGCGGAGGCGUCGGGCAGGCCGCAACUGUUUUGUGCCCUCCACUUUUCGGAGGACAUCUUCACCUCCACCGUCUCGGCGGUCAUCCCGCACUCGAGCACCGACCCGCUCGUCGUCGCGAAAACGAGGGCCUUCGCGGAUAGCAUCCACAUCACUCCUCUGACCUUGGGGCCGUGCUUCGGCAGCGCGCAGGGCGGGCCGUACGCGGUCCGCAAAGAGGCGGACGCGUGA